AUGAUGAAGCAGGACACUAUCGGCCAUGUCUUGCUGGUUGCAGCGGCCACCAUCUGCUGUGGAAUCCUUGCAUGGCGUACUCUCAGCCUCGGACGGCAUGUACAGGAAGCCUCCAUCGUCCAGUCAAGAAAAGGCACCAAAAAUGCCCUAUAUACAUACUCUGGCGAGAAUAUCAAGUGGGCAGCAUGUGGCCAGGUCGACAAUUGUCCGUUGGAGUGCAGUUCGAUCGAGGUGCCGAAGGAUCAUUUCAGUAUAAACAACUUUGAUAACGAAACGUUCAACAUCCCAUUAGUUCGGAUGCGUGGGAAGAAUGCCACACAGAAUCUUCUCGUUAACCCUGGUGGCCCCGGUGGCAGCGGGUUCGCUUUCAUGUACGACGAUGCCCUAGAUAUAAUGGAUGUCAUCGACGAAAGCUUUCAUCUCCUGUCCUUCGAUCCGCGCGGCGUCAACUCCUCGCGACCCCUGGCCACCUGCUAUCCCGACCAGGGAACCCGCAAGCGGCUGUCAGAGAUCAGAGCGACCGAUCCGUCUAGAGAUAGCCCUGACGUCUAUGCCUGGACGGCGAACUUUGUGCAUGCUUGUGCUGACACGAUGGGCGAAGCUGGAAGAUAUAUCAACACGCCCCAGACUGCCGCCGAUAUGAACAACAUCCUGGAUGCAGUUAGACAGGACGACAUGCGGGUUAUCAUCGACGGCAUCGCCAACCAUUUCGACUGGUAUGGUGCAUUGAUCGAGGGCAAGGACUUUAUCGACACCGACAAGGUCCUGUACGGAAUCUUCGACGAGUGCGUCAAGGCCGGUUCCAACUGCACAUUAUCUGCUCUCGCGGAUAAUUCAGAGGAGUUAUAUCGAAAGUUCCUCGACCUUACGGCGAAGAUUCGAGCAGAGCCGAUCAGUGUUUACAUCAACAGCACCCUGUACGGUGUCCUCGACUACCAUAGUUUAUGGUUCAACGGGGGGAUCCGACCGAGGCCUUCCUGGCCUAUGGAUUUGGGGAUCCAUCUAAAAGAUGGGCCAUCGGGGCCAAAGUACUGGCCGCAGGGGAGAACAAAUCUACUCGAUAAGCUUCUUCCGUGGUAUGGGAACAGCUCAUUUGCCUUUGCACAAAACAAGCUAUACUAUGCUAAACAACAAUGGCGCAUCCCUCGAACACACGGCUUCGUACCGCGCAUCGAUGUCGAGACCGCCCACCCUCUCCUGGUCCUGUCGAUGACGUUUGACCCCGUCUGCCCUCUCGCAUCGGCAAGGGUCGGUGCAGAAUCAUUCAGAGGGUCAAGGCUCGUCGAGGUGAAGGGAUACGGGCACUGCUCCCAGGCCAUGAAAUCCUCCUGUGCCGUUGCGCAUAUUCGAAACUUCCUCCAGGAGGGUGUCUUGCCGGAUACCCAUGUGCAAUGCGAGGUGGACAAUGAAUACUAUGUCAAACCAGAGUAA